AUGAAUAAGGAAGAUGCAAUACUAAUAAGUCGGGUGGCAGACCUUGAAAGAAGGAUGGCGGUAUUCGAGGGGAUGUUCCAUGCCCUAAGUAGUAGGUUAGAUAAUCAUUUCAAAAAAUACGAUUUAGUAAUGACCUCUCAACAGCAACAGAUUUCAGAACUGAAUGGCAUAUUAUUGACACUACUAAACGAUCAAUCAAGACAUGCAGAUGUUCUUAAGGAAAAGUUAUCCACUUCAUUGCAUGGUAUUGCUGCUCUAGGAGUGAAUUCUGCCCCUAGUGCAGCUGGAAAUCAAACGAUCUUCCCAAGUAGGCAAUUUGAUCCAAAUGAAAAUGUCAAUGCUGAUGUCUUAUUUGAAGAUAUCUUGAACAAUAAUCAAGUGGACAAGACUAAUGCAGAUAAUCAUGCUCAACAGCAAACAGAGAAAAAUCCGCAACAGCAGCACCAACAAGUGCGGGCUCAAAGUUUCCAAGGGCCCUCUUUGUCUUAUGGUAAUUUUAAUCAACUAUCGAGAAACGCAGCUAAUCAACCACCACCAAAUCUAUUGAACGAAACUGAUGAUUCCGCAUCAUCUCUAAGCCUCCCUGAACCAACAUUCCGUAAUACUGCAGCAUCUAGUAUACAACUACCAAGCUACUCGGAUGCAGAUAAAGAUGAUUACUAUACAAGACGUGGGAAUAAAGUAAAGAAAAAUCUCUACAAUAGAAUCUUCCAUUUUACAAAUUCACCACAAACAGUGAUGGGGGUAUGGCAAGAGUAUACACAAGGAUUAAACGGACAGCCAUCCAUCAAAGAAAUGGAAGCACUUUAUCAUGCAGAAUGGAGGCGUGACCCAGCGGUUAAUAGGCGGUACUCUCGAAGGAAAGUUAUUUGGAAAGCCAUUGAGACUGGGUUAUCUAAAGGGUACACAUUGGAGGAUGUGAUAAAUAGGUUAGAAAAUCAUAGAGUUAUUGAUAGUGAAAGAGAUUUGAAACAACCAAUGGGUUGGUUAUGUCAAAGCUCGAAUAUCCCUGAGGAGUUUAAACCUGAUAAUGGUGGUAAUACUUAG